UUGGAGAGUUCAGGAAGUUGUCGCUUCCAGCCACAAUGCAAAUGUUUUCAACCUGACCACUGAAGCGUCAACUACGAACAGCAGUUGAAACAAACAGCUGUGUAGUUGUCCAAAAUAAUACUGUUCAAUAUUUUUUUCCUUUUUCUACACCUGAAAAGAGUGCGAUGGAUGCUGAUUCAGUUUUUUACACCGAUCAAAGUGGAAAAGUCACCAGUAACCCCCUGCUCGACCAGCUCCCCAGCUACCAGUCCUUGCUGUACCGCAGGAAGGCAUCCCAUACGGGCACCAAGAGAAGGAGCAGCUCUCGAGCUCGUACUGGCUCCCACGGUAGUGGGAAAUGGACGCUGAGUUUUUUGAAUAGACACGAUGAGAAACAUAAGAACCAACUGGAGCAGAAACCAACCAGAGAGCUUGCGCAGACCAUGGCUGAGAAACGCAGAGAUAAAGCGUUACGCUUACAAGAGGAUGCAGAACUCAGUAGCUGGACACAGUGGAGGCAAAGCACCCACAGGUAUCUCCGCAGGCUGCUCGAUGGUGUCCACGAGUGGCUGACCGCCCUGCAGCUCUGGAGGGGCGACAUCCACCUGAUAGAGGGAAUGUUUGGCACGGGCAUUCUUUCCUACUUUUCCUUCCUACGCUUCCUUGUCAUGCUCAACCUGAUCAUCUUCACCCUCAUGUUCAGCUUCGUCUUGUUACCCAUCAUCAUUGCUCCUCACGUCUCAGGGAACAUCACCUAUAACCUGGAUGAUGGUAGUAUUUGCAGUGUUUAUCCAAGUAGUGCUCGCCGAGGUCUUGUCAUUUUUCACGAGCACAUCACAGAUCUCUUGUCUGGCGGAGGCUUUCUUGAGCAGACCUAUUUGUUUUAUGGCUACUACAAAGUGGACAAAAUCCACUUCCCCAGGACCACCUAUAAUUUGCCUCUCGCCUACCUGCUGGUCACUGUUGCCUACCUCUUCCUCAGUCUCAUCUGGAUUGUUAAAAGGUCUGCCACUGGUUUCAAACGUAACCUGAUUCAGGAUGAAGACCGUUUCCAGAGUUUUUGCAACAAGAUAUUUGCUGGUUGGGACUUCUGCAUCACCAAUGGCAAUGCAGCAAAGCUCAAAAGAAGCAGUUUGCUUUAUGAACUUAGGACUGAUUUGGAGGAAGAAAGGAUCAAACAGAAAAUAGCAGAUCGGACCCGCAAAGAGAAAUGUCGCAUUUAUCUCAUACGCUUCAUCCUCAACCUGUUUGUCAUUGCUGUAUUAGCUGGUUGCUUCUACUGCAUUUACGUUGCCACCAUUUUCUCCCAGGAAGCACAGAGGAACGAGGGCAAGGAAAAUUUCAUUGUGGAUCUCAUCCAUGAGUAUCUGCCAUCAAUUGUUAUCACUUUAGCCAACUUCAUCACUCCCCUCGUCUUCUCAGUCAUCAUCAACUUUGAGGACUAUUCGCCUGCUUUUGAGAUUCGGUUUACUCUCAUAAGAUGUGUAUUCAUGCGACUGACCAGCAUUGGAGUUUUGCUCUUCUCACUCUGGUCUCAGAUCACUAAAUGUAAAGAGGAGCCAUGCGAAUGCGGCUACAACCAUUUGCUCUACUCAUGUUGGGAGACACGUGUUGGCCAGGAAAUGUACAAACUCACCAUCUUUGAUUUUAUUAUCAUUGUGGCAGUUACCAUCUUUGUGGAGUUUCCUCGAAAGCUUAUAGUCAAGUACUGCCACUGUGGCCUUGCUAAGUGGUGGGGUCUGCAGGAGUUUGCUAUCCCUCAGAAUGUUCUUGAGAUUGUCUACGGCCAGACAAUCUGCUGGAUCGGUGCAUUCUACUCCCCAAUGCUUCCUGCCAUCUGCACCAUAAAGUACUUUUUUAUCUUUUACAUCAAAAAGGUGUCACUUAUUAAAAACUGCCGUCCGGCCACACGUCCAUUCAGAGCUUCAAGUUCCAACUUUUUCUUCCUGGGUGUGCUACUGAUUGGCUUGAGUUUGGCUUGCGUGCCUGUUAUUGUUAGUGUAGCACAAAUAAACUGUUCCCAGGCAUGUGGCCCAUUUGUGAAUUACACCACCUCCUGGGAGGUUCUGCCAACUGCCAUAUCCCAGCUCCCCAGUGGAGUCCAAACUCUCUUCUUCACUAUCUCAUCCGAGGCUUUUGCUGUGUCCUUCUUUGUUGUUACAUGUUUGGCCAUGUUUUACGUGAUCGCACUCGCUGGAGCACACAAGAGGGUGAUCAAACAACUUCGGGAACAGCUCGUCAUGGAGGGUCGAGACAAGCAUUUCCUGAUCCAGAAACUGUGCCAGGCCCAAAGAAUCUCUGCUGUCACAUCGCCGGGAUCCAGAAGUCAGCGGCGAUCCAGCAGAAGCAGUCCCAGUUACCAUACCAGCUUCUCCAACAAUUUUCCAGAAGGGCUGUUCCUGGCACAUUCUCCUCCAGACAGUUUCACAAAUUGAGUCAGCUGGUACGGAAACGGAAGCAGCGUGCAGUUUCACGGUUAGACGGAGCGAUAGAGGAUAAAUCCGGCAAAAAUGCUGAGAAUCACCAUUCGGGCCGAUCUAAGUACUAUUUGGGUCUUGUUUUGGAUCACAUAUUCUCAGGUUUUGACCGCGUCCUCUGAUGAAAUAGUGGUUGCAUGUGGGGGGUUUGUGAAAUCCGACGUUGAAAUCAAUUACUCAUUGAUCGAGAUUAAACUCUACACAAAACAAGGCUCCUUGAAAUAUCACACUGAUUGUGCACCAAAUAAUGGCUACUUUACGAUACCUCUUUAUGACAAGGGCGAUUUUGUUUUGAAAAUUGAACCGCCGCUUGGGUGGAGCUUUGAACCUACCAGUGUCGACCUCCAUGUCGAUGGAGUCACUGACAUAUGUAAAAAAGAAGAAGACAUCAACUUCGUUUUCACUGGUUUUUCAAUCACGGGAAUGGUUUUGAGUAAAGGCCAUCUGCUUGGUCCAACUGGAGUAGAAGUUAAAUUGAGCAGAGCUGGAACUGAUGAAAAACUCCAGACUGCUAUCACCCAGCCUGGAGGAGCGUAUAACUUUCACAAAGUUCUCCCUGGUACAUAUGACAUCGUUGCUUCCCAUCCUUCCUGGAUUCUGGAGAAGAGUUCCACAACGGUGCACAUCUCCACUGCCAAUGCGCCGGCCGCUGACGAUCUGGUGGUCGGCGGCUACGACGUCUCGGGCGAAGUCCGCAGUGACGGGGAGCCCAUGAAAGAUGUCACCUUCCUGCUUUACUCGGCCAUAGUCAAAAGAGAGAAUGUGAAAGGCUGCAACUUUUCUCCAGUGGAGGGUGCAGACUCUGGGGACAGCUCCCUCAUCUACCUGUGUAGUGCCAUCUCCCGGGAGGAUGGUACUUUUAUCUUCCCCUCACUAUCUAGUGGGGACUACACCGUGGUGCCCUUUUACAGAGGGGACCGGAUCACUUUUGAUGUUGCACCUUCCAGAAUGAAUUUCAAGGUGGAGCACAACAGUUUGACACUUGAGCCCAUCUUUCGUGUCAUGGGUUUUUCUGUGACUGGUCGGGUCCUGAAUAGUGUUGAUGGGGAAGGUGUAGUUAAUGCCGCAGUUUCCAUCAACAAUCAGAUUAAAGUUGUCAGCAAAGAGGAUGGUUCUUACAGGCUGGAGAACAUGACAGCCGGUACUUACACCAUUCGUGUCCACAAGGAUCUCAUGUUCUUUGAGCCAGUAACGGUGAAAAUUGCCCCCAACACGCCACAACUUCCUGACAUCAUCACAGCCGGGUUCAGCGUUUGUGGAAUGAUCUCCAUCAGCCGCCUGCCCGAGGGCAUGAAGCAAGGUCGCUACAAGGUCACCCUGACACACCAGGGCCAAGAUAAGACCUCAGGCCGGACCACUGACUCAGACACCCAGGGAGCCUUCUGCUUUCAGGCGAAACCUGGAGACUACAGUGUCCAAGUGUCUCUCCCUGAGGUUGAUGUAAAAGCGGGUCUGGCCCUGCAGCCUCAGGCUCUGGAGUUCUCAGUAGUGGACCAGCCUCUCACAGACCUGCUUUUUACCCAAUUUAUGGCAUCUGUCUCUGGAAAGGUCAACUGUUUAGCAUCUUGUGAUGACCUGUCAGUGACACUCCAACCAGUAAGCCGCCAAGGAGAGAGAAGGACGAUGCCUUUGACAGGCAGCAGUGACAUCCUCAGCUUCUCUUUUGACAAUGUUCUACCUGGGAAAUAUAAAGUAAGCAUCUCUCACGAGGAAUGGUGUUGGAAACAUAAAUCCAUGGAAGUCGAGGUUGUGGACGCUGACAUCUUGGGGGUGGAGUUCCGACAGAUUGGCUACAUCCUACGCUGCUCCCUCUCCCAUGCCAUCACUUUGGAGUUCUUUCAGGAUGGCAGCAAACCUGAGAAUGUGGGCAUUUACAAUCUCUCCAAGGGAAUCAACCGUUUUUGCCUCUCCAAACCCGGCGUGUACAAAGUCACCCCCCGCUCCUGCCACCAGUUUGAGCAAGAGUUUUACAUCUACGAUACCUCAGCACCCAGCAUCCUGACUCUUACCGCAGUGCGCCAUCACGUGACCGGACUCAUCACCACAGACAAGAUCCUUGACGUCACAGUCACCAUCAAAUCAUCCAUUGAAAGUGAGCCAGCCCUAGUUCUUGGGCCCCUGCGGAGUCUGGAGGAGCAGUGGCAAGAGCAACAGCUUCAGGAGAUACAGUUGCGACGCCAAGAACGAGAACGGCGAGCCGCUGAAGAGGAAGGGCCUGCCAAGGAUGAUAGUCCUCCCAUACAAGAAAAGGCUGAUGAGCUGACAGGCCCCUUCCAUUAUGAGUUCUCCUACUGGGCCAGGGCUGGAGAAAAAAUUACGGUGACUCCCUCCUCCAAGGAGCUGCUCUUUUAUCCCCCUGAAGUAGAGGCCACCAUCACAGGAGAGUCAUGUCCUGGUCGCAUGGUGGACAUCAUAGGCCGCGCAGGGCUCUUCCUAGAGGGCAAAGUGUCACCGGAGCUGCAAGGUGUGGAGAUAUCCAUCAGUGAAAAAGAUGCUGCUGCACCCCUCAUCACUGUGGCCACCAAUGAGAAUGGGGCAUACAGUGUGGGUCCACUCCACAGCGACCGGCAGUAUGACAUCAGUGCCAGUAAAGAGGGUUUUGUUCUGAGUCCCGUGGAGGGAACCCAGGGAGAUUUCAAGGCUUUUGCGCUGGCUGGAAUCACAUUCAAGAUAAAGUCAGAGGACGGUGAUCCGCUGUCAGGAGUCCUCCUGUCGCUAAGUGGCGGCCAAUUUCGCUCCAACCUCUUGACACAGGACACCGGCCUCCUCACAUUCAAUAACCUGAGUCCAGGUAAGUACUACUUCAAGCCCAUGAUGAAAGAAUACCGCUUUGAGCCGACAUCCCAGAUGAUAACUGUGGAAGAGGGUCAAAUCCUCAGCAUUGAUAUAAUUGGAAUCAAGACUGCGUAUAGCUGCUACGGAGCAGUGCAGUCUUUGAGUGGUGAUGCGGAGAGAGACGUUGCUGUGGAAGCGGUGGGUCAAGGAGAAUGUAGCCUCUACAGCGAGGACACCGUCACUGAUGAGGAAGGUCGCUUCAGACUUCGAGGUCUGCUGCCUGGUUGCAAGUACCUGAUUCAGCUGCGAGCUGAAGGAAACGACCACAUAGAGAGAGCUUUACCACAACAAAGAGCUAUCGAGGUUGGCAGCAGUGACGUUGAGGGAGUCAACAUUAUUGCCUUCCGACAAAUCAACCAGUUUGACCUAAGUGGGAAUGUCAUUACAUCUCCAGAACAUCUUUCAACUUUAUCGGUAAAGCUAUACAGGAGUGACAAUUUGGACAACCCGCUCCACAGUGUUUCAUUGGGACAGUCACUCUUCUUCCAUUUCCCCCCACUGGACCGAGAUGGAGAGGGCUACAUUCUGAUGCUGUAUUCCACACUGUCCCGCGCACAGUAUGACUUCACUCUACCUCAUGUCUCCUUUACUUCCACUGGUUACCACAAGCACAUCACCCUCACCUUCAACCCAACACGCAAAGUGCCUGACCAAGAUGUCGCCCAAGGCUCCUACGUUGCUCUUCCUCUCACUCUCCUACUCUUGUUAGCAGCAUACAACCAUGAAAAGGUCAUCCCCUUCCUCUUGCAGCUGAUGAAUCGUGUUCAAGGUGUCAGGAGCAUGGCCCAAGCCAGCGGCGACAGCGCUGCCUUGGAUGAAGCCAAACGUCAGGCCAAGAGGCAGAAGGCCCGACGGACAUAAAACCCAGUGCCCUCAUGGCCACUACUUGUGAAGUCAGUUUGGGUGCACUAAAUCUUCAUCUAAUGGUGACGAUCAAGUUCCCAUCGAUGCAUUCAAGUCUUUGACAUCUUAUGAAUUAUCUAGGUUAAUGUGAUUUAUUUAAAAGAAGCCCAAAAAGAAAUCACCCACAUUAAUUGCUCAAACUCACUGGAGUAUUUUUUUUUCCAAUUCAUUGUUUUACACAUUUGUGAUUAAUUGAAUUACAUGUAAUUAAGGUCAACUCAAAUUCAUUUUUCUGCUAUUUAAAAACACUGUAUUAUGUAUUGUCUGCCAGAAUUGGCGAAACUAAGUUUCUUAAGAACUUGAGUAUGUCAUGUGACAGCUCAGACCACAAAAUAUACUAUUUUUGUAACACAAGCCACAAAACACUCUUUCUAUUCAGUGAGCGGCUUGCAAAGGGAAUUUUUUUGAAAACUUUCCACGAGAAAUUUUACUCUGGAGAAGUGAAACUAUUCAAUUGGAAACACUCUUGUUAAAUGGAAAUGCCAUUAACAUUCCUUCAAACCGUACGUUUUCAACACACCAAAUUGGCCGGUAAUUUGUAAAAAUAAUUAUGGCAAUAAUAAUAAUAAUGAAAUUGACCAGAUUUGAAAAGAGUUUUCCGCCCCAUUGUAACAAUAUACAAACACAAUGACAAUUUAGUGUUUUUGCAUGCUGUCAUGCAAUACAAAUGAAUAUGAUUUCUUCCACUUACUAAUUUUUCAUGUAACUAUUUAGCUGCUGUUUGUAUUUAUUUGCUUUGUCUGUGUUCAAUUCAAUCGAUUUACAUAUAGAUACCACAGUAUUGCAAGUACCUAUUAGCAAACCGAGUGAGUGGCAAGUGGAAACUUGCAUGUUCAUAAAACUUGUCCGGUGGCCCCUUAUCGUCACAAAUAGGAGACAUUACAGUUUUGACAGGAAUAUUCUGUACUCUGUUUAACUGUCAGGCAAUUCAGACACACUUAUUUUGUUUGGGUAAUGAAGAUGCGGAUAGUAGCUUUGUGUGUGAAUUUUUUUUUUUUCCAGGGGGGUCGGGUGGGUAGUGCUUGGAAUAAACUGGGACUGAGAUUUUAAUAAUUUAUUAAUAUGACUGAUUAAAUGUGACUGUUCUCUGUUAGUGUAAAUCAAGCUUCUUGAGGUGUGGUGAGGUCGAGAACCCUCAACAGUAAAUUCAUAGCUCUGGUCAUAAAUUUGAAUAAAAAAUAUUUCAAAUUUAAUGUUUAUCUUACUAGUGAAAAGUCGUGAUUGUUUUUUCCUCACUCAAGUAGUACCUGUUGGUAGCCAAUUGAAAAGGCCAACAUUUGAAAUUGUGGAACUGUGUACUCAAGAAUAUAAUGAUGACUUAAUGAUUGGACUGAAGAAAUAUGGUAGAUUGGGUCAAAUUGUCAACCAGUUUCUAUUUGUUCUUUUUAUAUUUAUUAUAAAAUUGAACUGGAAGAAAAUUUACUUGGCUGUUUUAUGUUGUUGCCUCCAGGGGGCGAUGUAAUCCUAGUCACACUUGUGUGGGUGACAAAAUAUUGUACACGUUACAACCAGCCUAACUUUUUACCAACACUCUAUUUUAAAAGAUAAAUGGCUUUUUGGUUCAAUUAGAGCAUAAAUAUACUUUAAAAGGCUAUAAAAAUACUUUGCGGUGUUACUGUACUUUCAUGUGAAUGAAAUGUGUAAAUAUGACAAACAAAUUAUGUGCACUUCAUGUUUCAAGGGCUUUCUUUCUUUUUGCUGCGUCUCCACUGCGGUUUAAAAGUCACAGCCAAGCGUGGGAUGAAUAAUAAGUAUGAAUAUGGUGGACAAGUCUGGAGGACACCAAUAGAGAUGAUGCCCUCAAAAAAAUAAGUCUUAAUAUUGCAAGGUUAGCUGCCAAAGUAAGUCUAUGUAUGUAAAGCAUAUACAUACACACACAGUCACAGAUUUAUCAGAUUCAUCGAUUAAUCGGCAAAAUAAUUGUCAGUCGAGCUUUCUUCAGCUAUUAAUUGCCAUCUAUACAUUUUUGCAAAUCUUUAGCAGUCUUCUAAUAGUCCAUCUAUAUUUAAUACAAGUGUUACAGUUUACUAAAAGCUUUUGGACAGCAGCAUGGACGUGGGCUGAGAUAGGAAUAGAAUCAAUGACGCCACAUCAUUUCCAUUAGAUCAUCUUUAAUACAAAUAACAUGGCAAUGUGUUUUAGGUACGUGUAUUUUUGAAUAUGUUUUGGGAAAAAUGUUCCGGAUGAUACCACUUACUGACAUUUUUUGGAUUGCUUUCACAACAUGGUUCACUCCACUAUUAAGUUGUGUGUGUACGAAGGUUCACAGAUUGUUUUACAGGAGCUCACUGGUCUUGAGGGUUUUCAAAGAGGUCCCUAGCAAAAUGUGGAUUACUUUAAUCUUUUAAAACCAGAUAAUGAGUUCAAUUAGUUGUCCCAUUAGAGAAUUCAGUGGCAGAAAUAAA